CGGCCGCGACUGUGUCGUGUGCCGCUACGCUCUGGCCAACCAUACUUGCCAUGUGUACGCACAAACUUUAUGCGAAUGUUUAAACUAAAUAUUGUGGAAAAUGGGAGACGCAAAUUUUUGUGCUGCUGGCCCGCCGCGCCGAUCGUCAAGAAUUGCAAGAGGUCAAUUGUGGUUACUAGGAUAUACAACCUUACUGUUGGCCAUGGGCGGAGAAGGAGCUGAUAUCACCUGUCCUACGGAGUGUUCGUGUCGCACAAUUUUUGAUCCAGAGGAAGGCACUGAAUUACGAAUCUCAUGUAUUCGUGGAAAUAUGCGGGAAGUUCCCGUAGAAUUCCUUGAUCGAACUGCGCAAGUGCUUGUCAUCUCUGCUCCACCAGAGCGCCCCAAUUUUCUUACUAUUGGCCCUAUAUUUACGCAACCUAUACCUUUUGCUAAUCUUCGAGAGCUUCACAUCGUAAACUCAAAUAUUCCCUCCAUAGGACAGUACUCAUUUUGGGGUCUUCAAAAUUUAAGAUUAAUCAAUAUGAGUCACAACAAUUUAACAAGCAUAGGUACCGACAAUUUUCGUGGUCUUAUUAAUCUUACAGAGCUACAUCUUGACCACAACAAAAUUGAGCAGAUGCCUAGUGAAACAUUCAGACAUCUUACUUCAUUAAAGAUUUUGAUUUUAUCGAAUAAUAAAAUUACAUCGCUGGUUCCUAGACUAUUUCGAAUGCUAGCAAAACUCUUUUACCUGGACCUGAGUGAUAAUCCACUGGCCGAUUUGAAUCCAGAAGUAUUUAAAGAUAUACAACAUUUAAGAAUAUUUAAAUGUAGAAGAUGUCUUCUCAGGAGGGUCAAUACUCAAAUCUACCAUUUAGUACCCCAUUUGGAUGAAUUAGAUUUAGGAGAGAAUCAGUUCAAAUACUUAACAUCAGAUGAAUUUAUAAGUCUAAAGAAAUUAAAAAAAUUAAAACUAGAUGGCAACCAGUUAUCUGUGAUAGUGGACAACAUGUUUGGUCGAAAUCGUGAGUUACGAGUAUUGUCGCUUGCACGCAAUCGUCUCGCCUUAUUGGCGCCAGCGGCCCUCACGAAUUUGACUACACUGGUGCAUUUGGAUUUAAGUCAUAAUAAAAUUGACAAGUUUCAUUUACAAACAUUUGCUCCUGUUGUAGAAUCCUUAAAGACCAUUAAUUUUAGUGGCAAUAAUUUACCUCUCAAUGAAAUUGCUAUAGUUCUUCAGAUAUUACCGGACAUUCACGGAGUGGGGCUUGCCAAUUUAUCUUUGGAGAUGAUACCUCCUAAUUUUUUUACCUACAAUGAACAUUUAGUAGCUCUAGACAUAUCUUGGAAUAAAUUGACUACCUUUCCUUAUAAAUUGCUGACAAAGACGAAAUUUUUACAGCGGUUGGAUAUAUCUCACAAUAAAUUACAAAUUUUAACUGAGCAAGAUCUGCAAAGGUUGGAAGCUAUUGCACAGAUAGAUUUAUCGAAAAAUUCUUGGCGAUGUGAUCAGUGUUCUGCGGGAACAAUGCUUGUUUACAUGACAACUAGCGUAUUAAAUGGAACGAUAAGGCAUCUUAAAUGUUACUCUCCAAUCAGAUUACGAGGAGUUUAUUUCGCAGAUAUGACAUUCGAUCGGCUGGAUCCAUGUCCAAGCACACAUGAGGCCCAGAUGAGUGUAAUAGCUGGAUUAAUGUUGCUGUGUGUCGCCGUUCUAGCAGCAGUCGCUGGUGCUUUAUGUUGUACCAGACGACGAGCAGCUCAUUAUUAUACCAACGAAGAAAAACGUCGCGAGCAUGAUGUAGAACAUCCAGAGGAGCUUCUCGGAAGAACUGAAUUAGGUAGCGUAGCUACCAUCCAUGCACCUUAUCAUUUGGUAUCUAAAGGCAGCUAACAUCGUGCUAGCAGGCCGGCUCCACUGCAGGCGGUGCCGCAACGUUCAGUUUGCGUGGUGCUCGAUCCGCCCUUCACAAAUGUUUCUGCUCCUGCCCUUGAUACUAUCACACAACGUUACUUCCCUCCACCACCUCCGCCUUUACCCCCGCCCGUACUCAAUUCGAAUGAUAUAUGAUACGAAUAUGAAGAUGAUCUAGUGUAAAAUAAAGCCAAAGACUAUGAAUAGUAUAUUUAUGAACAGAUAACGUUUCUAUUAAAAUUGUAAAAUUGUUGAUAUUGAUAUUAGGUAGGUAACAUCUUCAAAUUAAUGCAAAAAAUUAUUUUUCUACUUAUAAAUUUUAUAAAUAAGGUUAUCAAAUUUUCACCUGGAACAGGUCUUUAUGAUAUUCUAUAAGUAUUUAUUUCGUAUUUAUAUUAUAAUAUUUAUAAUGAUAAGAUAAGAUAAAUAAUAAUAUUAUUAGGUAGUAAUAAUAAUCUUUUAGCAUGCUGUUCAAUUUAUUAUUGAUUAUUUUAUUGAAAAAAAAAAGUAGUUAAGAGAAACCAGACAUUGGAACCGAUUAUAAAAAUAAAAUUUCUUGGAUGUGUUUUUAUUAAUUGAUCUGAGAGAUGAUAUAAUUUGAACUUUAUAAAUCAUGUUCUUAUACAAAUAUUCAUAUCUAAUAAUUAACAAAUGUUAGAGAUUAAUAUAGAGUAUUUAAUAUUUCAGAAUUGGCUCCAUUAUCAUAAUACAGUAUUAAAUAGACUAGAGGUACUUAGGACGGCCUGGGGAAAGAUAUAUACGAUACUAAGCAACACAUAAGUAUUAUACAUUAUUAUAUUGUGCCGAUUAUUUACCCUUAUUAUAUUUUACCUGUUUACUAUUCAUGUCUAUAGGUGAUAGUUACCUCUUUCCAUCAAGUGGGCCGUCAGGUUGUUUUCCAUUUUACGUUGCAUAAAAAAAAUCUCGAUAAUUAGGCACUUAGAUGAGGCUCACUAAAACUUUUGCACUUCUCGCUAAUUACUUUUGAAUUAAAAUUAUUCAUUUAUUAAAAUAUAAUAUAUAUUUUAUUAGUUAUUUAGAAAAAAAUGCAGGAAAAAUAUACAUCAAUUUUUUAUCAUACUUUCAAGUUCAUCGAGUGAAGUGAAAAUAGAAUUAACUGGAAUUAGAGCAAAGAUUUUCUAGGAUUUUAAAAGUGAUCUUAUUCCCAAUAUUUUUACCGCUUGGCUUUAAAAUGCUAUGGAGAAAGAAAUACCACUUUUAAGUACUAUAAUGCAAUGGUUUGCCAAAUUCCAGCGGGUUUCUUUGAAUGACGAGAUUCGUCGAGACUGUCCUUGUUUGUAUGUAUGACGUAAAGUGACAUAUUACCAGAGACAAUUUGGAGACCUUAUCUGGGGAUUGAGAUGAGUUAUAUUGUAAACAUUUUGCAUAAAGUACUAAAAGCAACCUGUUGAAAAGUAGUCUUGAGGUUAUUGGGGAUUUCGUCAUGAUUUCUUAUAUCAUCGAUAAAUCAAAAGUGGCUGAUAUAUUCACUAUUAAUGUUUAUUCCAUACCUUUUAUAGUACAAAAGAUUGAAAACAUUUUCUAAUACAGUUAUGAAGAGUUUCGGGAAUGUGAUGUCACCCUGUCUUACACCUUUCUGCACUGGAAUGGGUUUCAUAUCCUGAUUAUGUACUCGGAUAUAUAUUGUAGACUUACUGUACAUACACUUCAACACUUCGAUAUACCUAUAGUCAAUCUGCACUACACCGGCACCGCUAGAGGGACUGUAGUACCACUCAUGUUUCGAUCGAAUCAAAGGCUUUCUCAUAGUCCACAAAUAUCUGUCAUAGCGUAUGUAUAUGGUCUAUAGUGGUGAAGUCCUUUCGAAAGUCAGCUUGUUCGGGUGGUUGAAAGUCGUCGAGUUUGUGGGUAAAACAAUUGGUCAAAACCUGCUCUCAGAAGCUCUACCGUAAUUCUGUCUUCCCUCGGUGCCUUGCCGUUUUUAAGCUGUUUGAGAGUCAUUUCAGUCUCGUGCAAACUGACAUCCGGGAUAUCAUUAGUAUAGUCUCAAGUGACUUUAGCUAUUUGAUUUUAGGGAAUAUACUCGUAAAUAAAAAUUGAUAAAAGGUUUUACUUUUUUUUAUCAGAGUAGGCGGGGACAAUUUUCAUUCUCACUCUGGAAAACAUACAUCCAGAUGAACGGUUCUAGUAGUUGAAAAAUAGUUCGAUCAAAUGAAAAUAAUAUUGAAAAAGUAAACUGCUUCGAAAAAAUAAAUGUAAUUUCUAUUUUUCUUGUUUUAUUAAUAAUAAUUUACGUAAAACUUUCAACGUGCUCUACGUAUAACCAUAUAUAAUAUUAUAUUUUAAAUAUUAUGGCAAAUUUUUUUUUUUGCCUUAAAAUGGUAAAAGUUAAGCAACUUUGAUUAUAAACCCUGGGACUAUAAUGCAACAGUAAUAUAAGAUAAUAUAAAUACUUAAUAUUUUCCUUUCGACUUUCGAUCAUGAUUAUGAAUACUGUUAAACUUCUUGUAUUAAAUUAUUGGAACAUUAAAGUUCUGUUAUUGAAUGUUAUUUGAGGGUCUUUAUUUAAGUAAAAAUGUACUUUAAUUUAACGAAUCAAUAUUUUUUUUAUUUUUUUAUAAUGAUAUCUCUAAGUACUGAGUAGGUACAAAUCUAUUGUAUUAAAGUAAAAAAAAGGAUUAAUGCUUCAAUAUUUUGCUCAUUAUGAUCACUUGUAAAGAAAUGUAAUGAAUGUGAUGUUAGAGGUUAAUAAUAUUGUAAAUAACUUUGUAAUUUAGAGGGCUAAGUGCCAAAGUUCGUUUGAUAAUGCCAAAAUUAUAUCUCUGUUGUCAUCAUCAUGCUAGAGACAUUCGAAAAUAAUUAUAUUGGUAAUUGAUAGUAUCGAUAGGUAAACGGUCAUUGAGGUAAAGGGCCCCUUGGUUAGAUGUUCGGCAACAAACAAGUAAGUGAUACUUGAGAAUAUAUACCUACAUGAAUUCGGAUUAUGUAUUCUACCCUAAUGUAUAUCUUCUAUUUAAUAGAACUACAAUAUAAUAUUUUUAUUUAUAGUUAUAAGAAAAACUGUAUUAAUAAUAUCAAAAAACCAAAUUCAAAGAAGGAUUUGAUAGUAGGAUUAGUAUUGAAUACGUAAGAUAAGAAUAAAAUAAUAGGAGUUGGUGGACGAUUUAUUGAUUUUAUAAGUAUAGUGAAUAAAUAGUUUCAGCAUACAUUUUUUUAUAUUUAUUUACUUUUUUUAUGUAACAAGGAUGUCAAUCAAGGUUAUUUAUUGUUUGCCUGAUAAAGAGUCCACGGCAGCCUGUGAACACUUGAAACGUUAGAAGUAUCACUCAUACAUUAUUAAUAUAUAUGUCAAAUAAAGGGAGUUUCAACAUGCCUACAAACAUUUAAUAGAUUGAAAACACACAAGCAACUCCUAUCGUGGUGUCCAUGGGCGACGGUAGCCGCUUUCCAUCAUGUGGACCGUCUGCUCGUUUGCCUCCCUAAUAAUAAAAAAUAAAAUCAAACCAAAAUAAGACACAGGAACUUAUGUAGAGGACUCUGUAAAAAUCUCCCUCUGGUAAAAUAUUAAGACUACCUGGACCUGUACUCGUAUAUAAUAAAAAAUUUUACAAGCGAUAAGUGUCCCAUACAUUGUAAAUUAUUUCAUUAAUGAGAUCGAUUAUUUUUAGUAAUCUACGUUCAUUCAAUACGGAUUGUAUUUGCAGACAUGGCGAGGUUAUAAUGUCAUCUAUAAUAUUAGCCUUAACUAAGCGGUUGAGCAUGAUUUUGUGCUCUUUCAUAAAUGUUAUUACUUAGGUUCUCCUGUAUAUAUAUAUCUGUUCUUGGACAAUUUUGAAAACAAUUUAAUUUAUUAUUUUUAUAACUGAUUAUAAGCGAAAAUAAUCUUUUAACACGAUUUUAGCUUUAUUUAAAAGUUUUGACUAUCCAAAGACCGAUACGUUGGGACUAGUCAACUACGUUAUUCAGCAUUUGUUAUGGUACCUUUGGUCGUUCAGUCAUGACGACGAUAAGAUAAUGUAAACAGUAAAUGAGAGAUGUGCUCAUCUUGAUACUAUUGUCAAAAAAAAAAAAUUACAGCAUACUACAACGACUAAGGUAAUAGUAAUAUGUAUACUAAAUGUAUUGGUAUGAUUUCAAUGACGACAGUGAUACAACUUUUAUAAGAAUUCUAAUGUUCAUUACACUUAUAUCUCAGUAUUUAGUAAUAUAAAGACAAGUAACGUAUUUUGUAAGUUCGUGAGCUUAGUAGAUAACCCAAUAAAUAUAGAUGAAGUACCAACUAUCAUUAAGAUAAGGGAAUUCGUUUUUUCAUUCUAUAUCGGUUAAUGAGACAUGCAAUAAAAUAAUUAAUUUCGUUCUCUUAUAAAUAUAUAUGAUUUCUUUCAAUAAUAAUAUAACCGAUUAACGAAUUUUGCUUAUAUUAUUUUUUCUAUCAUUACAAUAGCUUUGUUUACGUCUUAGUGAUAUAAGUAUUAAGUAGAUAUAAUAUUGGAGAAAAUCAUUCUUAUUUAUAAUGCAAGUUUAUAAUCUGAUAUAUUUUAAUUUUUUUGUAACAACCUUUUCUUCUAAGACCAUAAUAACAUAAUCUGUAAUUCUGAAGAGUACCUGUUAUUGUAAAAUAGUAACAAAAAAAUAAUAAAAUACAGUGAAUAUAGUAUACAUAGGACGAUAUAGUAAAUAUUACAAAAUUUAUUUAUAUUAACAAUUCAUAGGCAAAUAGGGAUUAUGUUUUUUUUGCAAUUGAAUACUAUCAGUUGCACUGUAAGCAGAACACCAAUCAAAAGUAGCACAUAAAAUAAAUAUUAUGAUAUAUAUAUAUAUAUAUAUAUAUAUAUAUAUAUAUAUAUAUAUAUAUACAAUAUCAGUGUUAGAUAUAUAAUAACUAAAAUAUGUUAUACCUACAUGUAAUCAAAGCAUCACAUAUAAUCAAAAAAUCUCUAUAGAUAAGUAAAUAAUGAAUAUUAUUCAAUAAAUACACAAAAAUCUGCGUGUGGUUAAUGUAAAAAUUACAGUUUGAACUUGUUAUUAAAUAUCAAAAUAAAUCAUUCCUCAAUAUUUAUUAAAACUGUUUUGUUUCUAUUUGUAGUGAACCAUAUCGUACCAUAUAGUAAAUAUAAAUUGUGGAUUUAAAAAGUUUCUAAUAAAAAUAAAUAAGUGUUUGUCAUCUAUAAUAUAAAAUACAGAAAUAGCAAAAAUCUUUAUAGUGUCUGGUGUGCAAUGUAUUUAAAUUAUAGUAUUUAGAAGACAAUAGCACUGUAACUAAUGCCCCUUUAAAUGGAUCUGUACUAAAAUUGCUAUGAAAUAUAUUACACCUUUAUAUUAUUACAUUUCUUUUUUAACAAGAAACUUGAAAAUUAUAAAUUGUGAAUGAUUUUUACAGAAAAUAUUAAAAACCAAAGUUUAAUAUUAAAAUACUGCAGCCUGCACGCUCAUUUUUUUUUCAAUGGCCUAUGUUAUAUGAUUAUAUGGUUAUUGAAAAUCAUUAUCAAAAACUUACUAUAUUACAAAAAUGAUUUUCAUAUUUUAAUAGUGUUUUCUUUAUUGUAUUACUAUUCAAAUAAUAAGUUUCUGUUAGGCUAAAAAUUAAAAAAAAAUAUACCAUAUAUAAAGAUAAUAUUUAUGUAUUAAUAUGGUACAAAGAAAAUCUUAAAUAAGGUCUAAUUCAGAAUUGUGUACCUACGUACAAGUACAAAGAGCUUGCGUCGUAUUGCGUCAUAUCGCGUGCCAGGUCACGUGUGGUUUUGCGACAGUUUUAAUAAAAAAUCGUUGUGGUGGAUACCAAUCUAUCUUAUUAUAAAUAAACCUAUAUAAGUUUAAUCAUUCUAACAAAAUAAUCUAUGGAAAUUUACUGAUUUGUAAGUUUUUUAAGUAUAAUAUUUUCGUAAAAAAAACAAGUGUAUGUAACUUUCUGAUAAUGCAGUUUUGAAUAUGUAAACUAUAACCUAGAUUAAAAUUUUAACACCAACAGACAAUAGUACCUACAGACAGACAAUAGUACCUACAGACAGACAAUAGUAUUAAUUGUUUUCGAAACAUGCAUCUGUAGAAUUUAAAAAAUAAAUAAACAGUAAGAAUAUAUGCCCCGAAAUUCUUAAAAGAAGCGUAAGUACAUUAAUAGGUUCAUGCCGAGAAGCAACGGUUAGUUGAAUAAAAAUUAAUGAGCAGGCCAAUAUGAUGCGUGUUUGUCUUUGAAUUACAAUUAUUUAAUUUUGGAUUUAUUUUGUACCAGAAAACAAUAAAACAAACAAAAGAACUGUUAAAAGCUAAUAUGUUUUGGAUUCGCUGUUUAGCAGGUGCAGUACAAUCUUAAAAUGUCCAUAUAAGUGUAACGUAAUGUAUAAAUAAACUAAGACGAGUAACAUUACCGAUUUGUAUUUUAUAAUUUUAUAAAUCAUAAAAUCACUAUAUUAUUCUCAUUAC